AUGAACAUAUUUGCAUUAGUGUACGCAUUGAGUGAAAAAAGUAAAAACGAUUUCAAAGUUAAGAACACCUUACAAGCGAAUUUCGCUCACGACUCGUCAGAAGAAGACAACGACAACGAAGAGGACGAUGACGAUGACUACGACGAUGACCGUCAAGACACCGUUUCGGCCCCAGGACCGCAAUUUUUUCAGAUCAACAAAGAAGAGGUUGUGGUUUUGAAUAACGAUCGCGGCUCUCAGAUAUACCUAUUGGGCACAAAUCACGCCAGUCCCGAGAGUCGUAUAGCCGUAGAUUCGUUGAUUAAAGCUAUUACACCGCAUAUCGUAGUCGUCGAAUUAUGCAAAACGCGAAUAGGCCUGAAUCCGUUGAAAACAUUCGAACGUAAUCGCUCGUUUAAUUUGUACUUGUUACGAGAUGCCGUCUCCGAGCUCGGAAUUAGCGCUGGAUUCAUAUGGUACUCAAUGGCGUACAUGGAGCGAUUCAUUUCGAGAUUGUUGAACGUCGACUACGGGGGCGAUAUGAGAGCGCCGGGUACCAGCGCUUCGUUUCAAGUCACCAAUGCCGAUUUAUUAGAGAAUAAGAAAAAUAAUUAUAAAAUUAUGCUCGGUGAUAGACCUAUCGAAGUGACUAUCAAGCGUAUGGCGUCUAUUUUAACCUUCCCGGAGAAAGCUGCUAUUUGGUUUUUCAACAUAUGCUCGGCUGUGUUGGGCUUACGUUGUUAUUUGCUAAAUGUACCGACGGUUUUGUUUCGCAGUCCUAAAUUUAAUCACGUUUUGUUGGAUGAAAGAGACGUGUAUUUGACGUAUUCUCUGCAGAUGGCCGCUAACAUAUCCGAUCAACCGGUUCGAGUCAUAGGUAUAGUAGGUAAAGCUCACGUGCCCGGUAUAUUAAGUCGAUGGAAUGCUGUAACAGAGGACGAAGUUCGAAGAGUCACCACCGACGAAGUAACCGCCUUUUAUUAA